GAAAUCGCACAAUCUUCAAUUUUGAAAAAUCAUAUUUCAAAUACCGAAUGUACGCUGACCACUCGCCCUGAAUCCGCAGCUGUAUCCCCCAGCCAACUACAAAUUAUUUCGCUCAUUCUACGCUGAAAGUUAAUAUUUGGGAAAUAAGCAAACCGGUAGAGUACUCAUAGAUACAGGUAGUGAGUGUUGUUAAUUCGCAGAAAAACUAGGUUUACCGAUAAAAAUGAGCGCUGCCACUAUUUAAGGACUAGGAGGCAAUAAAGGCAAGAAAGUGGUCGGCUGUGAGAGCGUGAAUUUGGAGGACGUUACAGACUGGAUAGAAAAUGAUGGAGCUGACGACAUAACCGUCGAUGAUGUUGUUACAAUGGUGGUUAGUAACGAAACCGUCGCCGAAGAUAUUGAAGACGAACAAAUCAAUCGGAUUCCACACUCCGAAGGUCUAAAAAGGAUUGAACAGGAGGAAGCGACGCCAGCAGACAUCAUUAGUUUAAGAAAGCGAAGGAACUUGUCAGCGAAAAAGAGGGCAAAGCAGGAGGGCAAACCCGAAGACGUCGGCAUACCGUUUGAUUCGGAUCUCAUCAAAUGCUGUCCCAUGUGCAACGUUCCUAUCGAAAAAGACGAGGGCUGCGCGCAGAUGAUGUGCAAAAGGUGCAAGCACGUCUUUUGUUGGUAUUGCCUCGCCAGCCUAGACGACGACUUCCUUCUGUGGCAUCGCACGCAAGUGGUCGGCAUCUUCGCCAGCUUCGGCAACCUGCUUCUGGCCGCUUCGCCGCUCCUGUUGUUAGCUGCGCCGUGUAUCGCAUGCAGCCGGUGUCGACUCUGCAACGCGGACGACUCCUCUUCGCGGCUCAGCGAGGACGACGACAACGAGGGGGCGGAGCGGAGAAAUUCGAUGGUCGGAGCGCGUAAGCGCGGAGCCAAGAAGACACGCCCACCGGGGGCCGAUGACCACCGCCCAUUAACGAGGCGGGUCUGACCAGCUGCCCCUGGUGCUUGUGAGGACACGCUAUUCGUACGACGACGUCACGAACGGAGACAGAAAUUGGCUGUUAUAUGAGGUAGAUAGUCUAAGAUCUUGUUAUGUAGUCAUUGAUUAACAUAUUCCAUAUAAUUGAAAGUCGUGCCUGCGCGAAAAUAAGCCUACGUACCAGUUUGCGAAC